UUCCUUGAGGUUGGCAAAAAACAGCCUGCCCUUGAUGUUCUCUAUGAUGUUAUGAAAAGUAAAAAACACCGAACAUGGCAGAAAAUCCACGAGCCGAUUAUGCUGAAGUACCUGGAGCUCUGUGUGGAUCUCCGCAAGAGUCACCUGGCAAAAGAAGGAUUAUACCAGUACAAGAACAUCUGCCAGCAGGUGAACAUCAAAUCUUUGGAAGAUGUUGUUCGAGCCUAUUUAAAAUUAGCUGAAGAAAAAACAGAAGCAGCUAAGGAAGAAUCCCAGCAGAUGGUACUGGACAUAGAAGACUUGGAUAACAUUCAAACUCCAGAAAGUGUUCUUCUGAGUGCUGUAAGUGGAGAAGACACUCAGGAUCGUACCGACCGACUGCUUUUGACACCCUGGGUUAAAUUUCUGUGGGAAUCAUACAGACAAUGUCUGGAUCUUCUCCGAAAUAAUUCUCGAGUGGAACGCCUGUACCAUGAUAUUGCACAGCAAGCUUUUAAGUUCUGCCUGCAGUACACGCGUAAAGCUGAGUUCCGUAAGCUCUGCGAUAACCUGCGAAUGCACCUGGGGCAGAUCCAGCGUCAUCAUAACCAAAGCACCGCCAUCAACCUCAACAACCCUGACAGUCAGUCCAUGCACCUGGAGACCAGGCUGGUGCAGCUGGACAGUGCUAUUAGCAUGGAGCUGUGGCAGGAAGCUUUCAAAGCAGUGGAAGAUAUUCAUGGGCUAUUUGCACUGUCUAAGAAACCACCCAAACCACAACUGAUGGCAAAUUACUAUCACAAAGUUUCAACUGUCUUCUGGAAAUCAGGAAAUGCUCUUUUUCAUGCAUCCACCCUUCACCGGCUGUAUCACUUGUCACGAGAAAUGCGAAAGAAUCUCACACAAGAGGAGAUGCAGAGGAUGUCUACUCGCGUCCUUUUGGCCACUCUGUCGAUUCCUAUAACUCCUGAGAGAACUGAUAUUGCUCGUCUUCUGGACAUGGAUGGUAUCAUUGUCGAGAAACAGCGACGUCUGGCAACCCUGUUGGGUCUUCAGGCCCCACCGACACGUUGCAGUCUCAUUAACGAUAUGGUGAGGUUCAACGUAGUGCAAUAUGUUGUUCCAGAAGUGAAAGAACUUUACAAUUGGCUUGAAGUGGACUUUCACCCACUCAAGUUAUGCAGCCGUGUCAGCAAAGUUCUGAACUGGGUGAAAGACCAAGCUGAAAAGGAACCUGAACUGCAGCUGUAUGUUCCUCACCUGCAAAACAAUACCAUUCUUCGCCUUCUGCAGCAGGUGGCUCAGAUUUACCAAAGCAUUGAAUUUUCUCGUCUGGCUAGCCUGGUUCCUUUUGUUGAUGCUUUCCAACUGGAACGUAGUAUUGUUGAUGCAGCCAGGCAUUGUGACUUACAAGUUCGUCUUGAUCACACUACCCGGACACUGAGCUUUGGCUCGGAUUUGAAUUACAGUACUAGAGAAGAUGCUCCCCUGGGCCCUCAGCUACAAAGCAUGCCUUCUGAGCAAAUCAGGAAUCAAUUGACUGCUAUGUCCUCAGCUCUGGCAAAGGCUCUUGCAGUCAUUAAGCCUCCUCACUUACUGCAAGAGAAGGAAGAACAACAUCAGCUGGCAGUCACUGCCUUCUUAAAAAAUUCAAGGAAGGAGCAUCAGCGUAUUCUUGCACGUCGUCAAACUAUAGAGGAAAGAAAAGAGCGCCUGGAAAGCUUAAACAUUCAGCGUGAGAAAGAAGAACUGGAGCAGCGUGAAGCAGAACUGCAAAAGGUCCGGAAAGCUGAAGAGGAGAGACUGCGCCAGGAGGCCAAGGAAAGAGAGAAGGAGCGUAUCCUGCAGGAACAUGAGCAGAUCAAGAAGAAGACUGUUCGGGAGCGCUUGGAGCAGAUUAAGAAGACUGAACUGGGAGCCAAAGCAUUUAAAGAUAUUGAUAUUGAGGAUCUUGAAGAAUUAGAUCCUGACUUCAUUAUGGCUAAACAAGUUGAACAGCUGGAAAAAGAAAAGAAGGAACUUCAGGAACGUCUGAAGAAUCAGGAGAAAAAGAUCGACUAUUUUGAAAGAGCGAAGCGCUUAGAAGAAAUUCCUUUAAUAAAGACUGCGUAUGAGGAGCAAAGAGUGCAUGAUAUGGAGCUGUGGGAGCAACAGGAAGAAGAAAGGAUCACCACUUUGCAGUUGGAGCGCGAGAAAGCCCUUGAGCAUAAGAACAGGCUCUCAAGGAUGUUGGAGGAUAGAGAUUUAUUUGAAGCCAGGCUCAAAGCAUCACGACGAACAGUUUAUGAGGAUAAACUCAAGCAGUUCCAGGAACGGUUAGCUGAAGAGAGGCGUAACCGUUUGGAGGAACGCAAGAAACAACGCAAAGAAGAGAGGCGCGUUACUUACUACAGAGAAAAGGAGGAAGAGGAACAAAGAUUACGAGAAGAACAGCUGCUUAAAGAGCGUGAGGAGAAGGAACGCAUUGAGCGUGAGAAACGUGAGCAGGAACAGCGCGAGUACCAGGAACGUGUCAAAAAACUGGAAGAACUGGAGAAGAAAAAACGUCAAAGAGAAAUGGAAAUAGUUCGUCGAGAAGAAGAAAGGAGAGGUCUGGAUGACCCAUUUUCAAGAAAGGAAUCUCGUUGGGGUGACAGGGAGACUGAGAGCUCCUGGAGGAGAGGUGGGGAACCAGAAUCUGAAUGGCGACGAGCACCACUGGAGAGAGAUUGGCGUCGAGGAGAAGCAAGAGAUGAUGAAAGAUCUUUCCGACGAGGGGAUGAUCUGCCGCGACGAGGGGAUGAUCUGCCGCGACGUGGUGCUGCAGAGGAAAAAGAACGUCCAGAAUCAACGGAGGACAGGCCACCUAGGCGUGAAGGGGAUGAGGACAGGCCACCUAGGCGUGAAGGUGAUGAGGACAGGCCGCCCAGGCGUGGAUUGGAUGAGGACAGGCCGCCCAGGCGUGGUUUGGAUGAUGAUAGAGGGAGCUGGCGGGCUGCAGAUGAUGACAGAGGUCCCAGGCGCGGGCUGGAUGAUGACAGAGGUCCCAGGCGGGGGAUGGAUGACGACAGGGGGCCAAGGCGUGGAAUGGAUGAUGACAGGGGUCCCAGGCGUGGAAUGGAUGAUGACAGGCCACCCAGACGGGCUUUGGAUGAGGACAGGCCACCCAGGCGCGGCUUGGACGAUGACAGAGGCAGUUGGCGUGCAGCAGAUGAUGACAGAGGUCCCAGGCGUGGAAUGGAUGACGACAGACCACCCAGACGGGCUUUGGAUGAUGACAGGCCACCCAGGCGUGCGCUGGAUGAUGACCGGGGCAGCUGGCGUGCUGCAGAUGACGACAGAGGUCCCAGGCGGGGGAUGGAUGAUGACAGAGGUCCCAGGAGGGCGAUGGAUGACGACAGAGGUCCCAGGAGGGCGAUGGAUGAUGACAGAGGUCCCAGGCGGGGGAUGGAUGACGACAGGAUGUCAAGGCGUGAUGAUGACAGGGGACCAUGGCGUAAUGCAGACGAUGACAGGCUCUCCAGACGAGAUGACGACAGGGGUCCAUGGCGUAGUGGUGAUGAUUCAAGGCCAGGUCCUUGGAGACCAUUUGGUAAACCAGGGGGAUGGAGAGAACGGGAAAAGGCUCGAGAGGACAGCUGGGGGCCUCCCCGAGACUCCAGACCCCCAGGAGACCGCGAAUGGGAUCGAGACAAAGAUCGUGAUGAAAAUGAGAAAGACCGUGAAUUUGACAGAGAGAGAGAUUUUGAUCGAGAUGAUCGUUUCAGGCGUCCCAG